AUGAAACCAUCGAUUUACUUUUUAACUGUUUUCAUACUUCUCCUUCUCAUAUUACCAACGGCGGUCCCUAGUCACGACUACUCCGAUGCUCUUAGAAAGUCAAUCCUCUUCUUCGAAGGUCAACGUUCCGGUCGUCUUCCUAUACAACAAAGGAUGGCGUGGCGUCGUAACUCUGCCCUCAACGACGGCAAAAACCUCAAUACCGACCUCGUUGGUGGUUACUACGACGCUGGAGACAACGUUAAGUUUCAUUUUCCGAUGGCUUUCACGGCCACGAUGCUUGCUUGGAGCUCUGUCGACUUCGGCAGUUACAUGUCUCCGAAUGAUUUUGGACACAAUCUUGUAGCUCUCAAGUGGGCCACCGAUUACCUCCUUAAGGCCGUGUCACAACUCCCUAAUCGCAUCUUCGUCCAAGUAGGUGAAGCACAAGCGGACCAUGAUUGUUGGGAAAGACCGGAAGACAUGGACACGCCACGAACCGCUUUCGCCUUAGAUGCACCACAUCCAGCCUCCGAUUUGGCAGGAGAAAUCGCGGCAGCUUUAGCAGCUGCUUCAAUCGCAUUCAAACAAGCAAAUCCAAAUUAUUCUAGAAUAUUGCUCGAUAAAGCCGUAAAAACUUUUCAGUACGCAGAUUCACAUCGUGGAUCUUAUACUGAUAAUCCGAACGUAAACCAAGCUGUUUGCCCUUUUUACUGCAGUGUUAAUGGAUAUAAGGAUGAGUUGCUAUGGGGAGCUGCGUGGCUACGGAGAGCGACCGGUAGUGAAUUUUACCUAAACUACUUGUUGCAAAAUCGUCAAGCUUUCGGUGCAGAUUUCAAUUACUUUGAGUUUGGAUGGGACAACAAAGUUGGUGGUGUCAAUGUUCUCAUUGCUAAGGAAAUAUUUGAGAACAAUGUGACGGCGUUAACAGCAUAUAAAGAUACCGCAGAGAAAAUGAUGUGUGCAUUUUUUCGGGAAACAAGCGGUCCACACAUGAGUUACACUCCCGGCGGCCUCCUUUACAAAUCCGGAAGCAGCCAGCUUCAGAACACGGCUGCACUGUCUUUCCUCCUCCUUACCUACGCGGACUACCUCUCCAAAUCCUCUCAACAGCUCCAUUGCGGUAACCUCAUGUUUCCACCGGAUUCUCUUCGCCGCAUAGUCAAACGACAGGUGGACUACGUUUUGGGAGAUAAUCCAAUGAAAAUAUCAUACAUGGUUGGAUACGGGGAGCAGUACCCGAGGCAGAUACACCACCGUGGCUCGUCUAUACCAUCUGUUAGUGUUCAUCCGAAUGCGUUCGGGUGCUUACAAGGAUGGAGUAUUUUCUCGUCACCGAAUCCUGACCCGAACGUUCUCGUAGGAGCGGUGCUUGGAGGGCCUGACGUUGAUGAUAAAUUCAUCGGAAAACGGACCAAUGCUAGCGAUACGGAGCCCACGACGUACAUCAAUGCUCCCUUUGUUGGUGUCUUUGCCUACUUUAAAAGCCAUCCCAACUUCUCUUGA